AUGGUCCUGGCUUACGCCGGCGAGACAGCCUAUUUAAUCAAACACCCUGAUAAAAUCACCGACGCCUAUUAUAGUUCCGUUCCAAAACCCGUGUACUGGCCGAUGUUCAUUCUCUCCAACCUCGCCGCCAUUGUUGCAAGCCAGUCUAUGAUAUCUGCGUGCUUUUCUAUAGUGAAGCAGUCUCAGGCUCUGGGUUGCUUCCCUCGGGUUCAUAUAAUUCAUACUUCUUCCAAGCAUGAAGGACAAAUCUAUUGCCCAGAGAUAAACUACACUCUCAUGAUUCUAUGUAUUGGACUUGUCAUUGGGUUUAGAGAUGGUGUUGCUCUAGCAAAUGCUUACGGUGCGGUUGUUAUCUGGGUGAUGAUCAUUACAACGUGUUUGACAACGUUGGUGAUGCUGCUCGUUUGGAACACACAUGUUCUUCUCAUACUAACGUUUUUUGUGCCCUACAUACUGAUUGAAGGUGUCUUUAUGACAUCCUUGCUCACCAAAAUCCCACAAGGAGGAUGGGUUCCAUUUGCUAUCUCAGCUUUCUUCUUGACAGUCAUGUUCUCUUGGUUAUAUGGAAGGAGUAGGAAGAGUGCAUAUGAAGCCGAGAGGAAGAUGAGCUUGGGUGAACUGAACCAAAUGCUAGCAAGAAAUACGGUUUAUCGAGCAUCCGGAACUUGCUUCUUCUAUACUGAUCUUGUCAAUGGGAUUCCACCCAUCAUCCGGCAUUACAUUCAGCACACAAGUUCUGUGCAUGAAACCAUGGUGAUUGUAACUUUUAGAACACUCCCAGUCAAAAAGGUUUUACCAGAGGAAAGGUUUAAUGUUGGAAAACUGGGAAGUGAUGGGGUUUAUAGGUGUUUGGUUCAGUUUGGUUACAAUGAUUCACAGAGCAUUGCAGUUGCCGGAGAUGAAUUUGUUGCUUCAGUGCUGGCAAAACUCAAAGAGCACGCUGAAUCCACCGGCGAAAUAGAAAGACUAGAUUCAGCAGCAGAAAAGGGAGUUGUUUUUGUAAUAGGCCGGACAAUUCUGAAGACAAACCGGAACAAUGGAUGCUCAGCCAUGAUAGGGGAGGCAUUUACUUCCAAAGAUCCAAAGAAGAUCGACGGGGCUCCUACUUGUUCUGCCAACUACCAAACUAUUAAUGAAAGUGGGUCAACCCAAUCUCUCACUAAAACAUCACUAGGCAGUGCACAGAAAGAUACUCCACCAAACCCACCAUCUUUGCCGAAUGAAGUUAUUGCAAACAAGACUCCAUCCGCGACUUCAACAACAGUUGAUGUUGAGAUAAAGGACCACCGUGGCAUCCAAGUAACAAUGUUCGGGACUCUUCCCUACAGGUAA